GUUGCUUGGGACACUGCUGACAUUGGAGGUGAUCCAGAUGAUCACUGCCCAAACUGCAGCAGAUGAUGGGGCUAGUGGAGAUUGCAAGCAGAUGGAUUCUUGUGAUCAGUGUGUGAGCCUUUCCCUCAACGACACACGAUGCGUCUGGAGGAUCUGUGACAAUGAAAACAACACUGGGUGUGUAUCUGAUACUGAAGACUUUCAGGACUGCAACAGGUUAAACGAAACAGACAUGUGUUCAGGCACUGAUAUUGAUAUUGAUAUUGAUAUUGACAUAGACACCAAACCAGCUCCCGCUCCAGAGUUCUCCCAGGCUUCAUUUGAUCUGUCCAGCUUCAUUGGGGGGAUUAUUCUUGUACUGGUGCUUCAAGCAGGAGGCUUCUUUGCUAUGCGGUUCCUGAAGACAAAGGACAGCACCUAUGAAACCAUAGAUCAGCCCCAGUAGUGGAACAUCUUAAAAGCAUAAAGAAGUGAUGGGUGAUAUCUGCCAUCUUGAUAAUAUUUCAUUGUUAAUUUUAUUUCUUAGUUAAUUGUAUGUCACACUGAAUACCUAUAGUUUCUGCCACUAUCUAUGUCUG